AUGUCUCACAGCAACGACAGUCAAUUGGCAAUUCCGAAACGUCGUGUUGCUAUUGUUGGCGGUGGUCUUGUCGGAACCCUCGCUGCGCUCUAUUUUGCACAACGUGGUUGGAAUGUUGAACUUUUUGAAAAACGCAGAGAUCUUCGACUUCCCGAGAACAAAGGCUCAGUUCCUCAAAGAUCCAUCAACUUGGCGUUAUCAACUCGAGGAAUAAGUGCAUUGUCAAAGGCAGGUUUAGAUCUUGACGAUAGUAUUUUGGGAACAGUGAUACCCAUGAGAGGAAGAAUGAUCCAUGCGGGAGAAGGUAAGCUCAAGAGUCAGCCCUAUGGCAACUCGCAUGAGAAUAUUUAUUCCGUGGAAAGAGAAUUUCUUCUAGAAUUGCUUCUGAACACCGCUGAACCAUUUAGCAAUGUGAAGAUUUUCUUUCAACACCGAUUGAAACGUUGUAAUUUUGAUGCAGGAAUACUAGAAUUUGAAAACAUUGAGAAUGGAAAAAUGGUUCAAUAUACAGCAGAUUUAAUCGUAGGAGCUGAUGGUGCUUAUUCUACCGUUAGAAAUCAAUUGAUGCACAUUGUGAAUAUGGAUUAUCAGCAAGAGUAUAUUCCGCAUGCUUACCGUGAGUUAACUAUUCCACCGAAAGUCAAUGAAAAUGGGAAGAGAGAAUUUGCCAUGGAUUUCAACCAUUUGCAUAUUUGGCCAAGGCACAAAUUCAUGAUGAUUGCCUUACCUAAUAAG